AUGGCUUCAAAGAACGGCAAUGGCAAGAAAACGCCGCCCUCAGCGGCUGUUAACCUUAUUGCUGGUGGUGGUGCUGGUAUGAUGGAAGCUCUCGUCUGUCAUCCCCUCGACACAAUCAAGGUUCGCAUGCAGCUUUCAAGGCGUGCCCGCCAACCAGGAACCCCUAAGCGCGGCUUCAUCAAAACCGGCGCCGCCAUCGUCGCAAAGGAGACGCCCCUCGGUCUGUACAAGGGUCUUGGAGCCGUUUUCACCGGCAUCGUUCCCAAAAUGGCUAUCCGAUUCACCUCGUUUGAAAAGUACAAGCAGUUUCUCGCCGACGAGAGUGGUGCUGUUUCUGGCAAGAGCGUCUUUAUCGCUGGUCUGGCCGCUGGUGUUACGGAAGCUGUCUGCGUCGUGACGCCUAUGGAGGUUAUCAAGAUCCGUCUUCAAGCACAGCAUCACUCCAUGGCGGAUCCUCUCGAUGUUCCCAAGUACCGCAAUGCCGCUCAUGCGCUUUACACCGUUGUCAAGGAGGAGGGUUUUAGCGCUUUGUACCGUGGUGUGAGCUUGACAGCACUGAGACAGGGUUCUAACCAGGCUGUCAACUUUACUGCUUACAGCUACUUCAAGGAUUGGCUCAAGAAAGCUCAGCCUCAGUACGAGAACACAAACUUGCCCAACUACCAGACUACUCUCUGUGGUCUUGUUUCUGGUGCUAUGGGUCCUUUGAGUAACGCUCCUAUCGAUACUAUCAAGACACGUCUGCAACGAGGAGGUGCCGAGCCUGGAGUCAGUGCUUGGACCCGUAUUACUCGAAUUACUACUGAAAUGUUCAAGCAAGAAGGAUUUUAUGCUUUGUACAAGGGUAUUACACCCCGAAUUAUGCGUGUCGCUCCUGGUCAAGCCGUUACCUUUACAGUCUACGAAUUCCUGAAGGAUAAGAUGGAGAGGAGUAAGCUAUCCCUUGUCGGAGGCAAGUAUGAGGAGUAA